CUCUCUCUCUCUCUCUCUCUCUCUCUCUCUCUCUAGCAGCAGAAAUUAGGGUUUGGGAAAAUGGCAACAGAGAAGGGCAAGAAAUCCAAGGUUGCAGAAAGAAGAGAUGAAGAUGAUUCAGAUCAUAUCGAUGGAGAGCUCAUUCUCUCCAUCGAGAAGCUUCAAGAAAUCCAAGACAAGCUUGAAAAGAUAAAUGAGGAAGCAAGCGAUAAAGUGCUGGAAGUGGAGCUAAAGUACAAUGAGAUAUGCAAACCCAUCUAUACCAGACAGAAUGAUAUCAUUCAUUCCAUUCCUGAUUUUUGGUUAACUACGUUUUUGAGCCACCCUGCACUCUGUGAUCUUCUGAACGAGGAUGACCUGAAGGUUUUCAAGUACUUAACUUUCUCUAGAUGUUGAGGAUUUCAAAGACGUUAAAUCGGGAUAUUCCAUUGCGCUCUACUUCUCUCCUAACCCUUAUUUUGAAGAUACAAAGCUUACAAAGAUGUUUUCCUUCCUUGAUGAUGGAACUACAAAGAUAACUAGUAUUGCAAUCAAGUGGAAGGAGGGUAUGGAUAUUGCUAAUGGUGUUGAUCAUGCG